AUGACGGGCGGAAAAAGCACCAAGGCUUCCGAUAUGCUGGACACUCUCUGCACACCACCCGAGGUGUGUGGUGAGGCUGCCGAGGACAAUAAGAGACAACACUUGCUGCAACAAACAACAAACGAUGGAACCAACUUCUUCACCAAAAAUGUCAAGCGCGACAAGGCACUAUUGGUAGCAAUCCUCUUGAUGGCUGUGGUUCUUCAUAUUCCCACAGUGAGGUUUAUUCUCUAUCCAUUCAUGAUCUUCUCGACCUGGGUCCAUGAAAUGUGUCACGGCAUGGCAGCGAUUCUCGUUGGCGGUGGAGUCCGCAAGUUGAUGGUAUACAAGGACGGUAGUGGCCUCGCUUACACGUGGACAACAGGGGAAGAUUGGAAACGAGCCUUUGUAGCCUCUGCUGGAUACACAGGCACGGCCCUCAUUGGAGGCUUUCUGCUGCUAUGGCGACGUACGCGACGAGGUCCUACUGUGGGUCUGAUUGUCAUAGGGUGUGCCAUGCUGCUGAGUUGUGCCAUGUAUGUGCGAAAUGCCUUUGGAGUUGCCGCCACCCUUUCUAUUGGGAUCGUGCUCCUUCUCUUUGGUUGGAAACUACCGGCUCAAGGAGUAUUGUAUAUGUACUGCUUUUUGGCCGCAACCUGUUCCUUCAACGCCCUUGAUGCCAUCAACGACUUGAUGGACAUCCAAGAAGGUGAAGCCUAUGUGAAUGGACAACAGACAUCUACAGACGCUCAUACCGUGGCGGAUUUGAUCGGUAUGACCUACGGCUUUUGGGCUGUCCUUUGGCUCAUCUUUGGUCUCUUCAUGUCGGCUGUUGGGCUACUCCUUCCCUUCAACGGUGUCACUUACCAAAAGAACAAAAAAGCAAUGCGCAAGGCUCAAGAAGGGGCGUUACCUCAACAUGGUAUUGCAAUGGUGACAACCUCCAACACUCAACAAGCACCCCCGGCAUAUGAACAACCAACGGUAUCUGCUCCGUCCCCUGCUGUGAACCCCGCGUGGUAUCAUUCGCAGCAAGCAGCGCAACCUCCACAACAGCAGACAACUACACAGCAGCAUGCAUGGCAACAAGUGGAGCCUGCAGAUAUCCCAAUUGCUCAGGCUACUAUAUACUAA